ACGUCGUAUUAACACUCUUGCUGAUCGUUAUACAAAUGAUGAAAUAGAUUUAGAAGAAUAUUUAGAAGGUUUAUCAUUUGUUGUUGCCAAAGAUAAAACAAAAAAAAUAGAAAAAUGA